CGUAAAGUAAUUGGCAGGCUGCACGGCGACGAAAUACACUAUGUGCCGGCCAACAGCCGCAACAAGCUCUCUUGUUUUCAUGAAUUUGCCAUAUUCUUCACCUUAAAUGUUAGAGUUUUGCAUUCGAAGCUCAAUCGUCUCACCAUUGCCAUUCCCAUUCCCUUCUCAAAUCAUUCGAUUCCAAUACAGAAAUUUCCUUCAACCCAUACUCGUUUCCGCUUUACAAUCCCCACUCUCUCCUCCAAGCAGCAGUACAGACCCAAAUUCUUACAUUCACAUCAACCUCCUCACACUGUGCUCCAAGGUUCAAUCACUUCUUCAAACAAAACAAGUCCACGCCCUUGGCAUUCUCAAUGGCUUUCUUCCUCGUAGCGUUUCACUUUGUGCUUCCCUUAUUCUCAAUUACGCCAAGUUUCAACACCCAGGAUCGUUUUGUUCUCUCUUCAAUCAAACUUUCCAGAAUUGCCGCACUGCGUUCCUGUGGAAUACCUUGAUUCGGGCUCACUCCAUUGCUUGGAAUGGGACGUUUGAUGGGUUCGAGACGUACAACAGAAUGGUUCGACGCGGUGUUCAACUCGAUGACCAUACGUUUCCUUUCGUUCUCAAGUUGUGUUCUGAUUCGUUUGAUAUUUGCAAAGGUAUGGAGGUUCAUGGGGUUGUGUUUAAGUUGGGUUUUGACACUGAUGUUUAUGUUGGCAAUACCCUGUUGAUGCUGUAUGGGAAUUGUGGGUUCUUAAAUGAUGCGCGAAGGUUGUUCGAUGAAAUGCCUGAGAGAGAUGUCGUCUCAUGGAAUACGAUCAUCGGGCUCCUUUCGGUUAAUGGGGAUUAUACGGAGGCUCGUAACUAUUACUUUUGGAUGAUUUUGAGGUCUGUGAUUAAACCAAAUUUGGUGAGUGUUAUUAGUCUGUUACCGAUUUCUGCUGCGCUUGAAGAUGAAGAGAUGACAAGACGAAUUCAUUGUUACAGUGUGAAAGUUGGUUUGGAUUCUCAAGUAACCACUUGCAAUGCACUUGUGGAUGCAUACGGGAAAUGUGGGAGUGUGAAAGCUUUAUGGCAAGUUUUUAAUGAGACAGUUGAGAAGAAUGAAGUUUCAUGGAAUUCAAUAAUCAAUGGUCUAGCUUGUAAGGGUCGUUGCUGGGAUGCCUUGAAUGCUUUCAGGAUGAUGAUCGAUGCAGGAGCCCAACCAAACUCCGUCACCAUUUCGAGCAUUCUACCUGUGUUGGUUGAACUGGAAUGUUUCAAAGCAGGAAAAGAAAUUCAUGGGUUCAGUAUGAGAAUGGGAACAGAAACUGAUAUUUUCAUUGCAAAUUCACUGAUUGAUAUGUAUGCGAAAUCUGGUCAUUCAACUGAGGCAUCUACCAUAUUCCACAACUUGGAUAGAAGGAACAUUGUUUCUUGGAAUGCUAUGAUCGCUAAUUAUGCUCUAAACCGGCUUCCAUUGGAAGCGAUAAGAUUUGUUAUACAAAUGCAAGAGACUGGUGAAUGUCCCAAUGCAGUGACCUUCACUAAUGUUCUUCCUGCUUGUGCGCGUUUGGGUUUCCUUGGUCCUGGCAAAGAAAUACAUGCCAUGGGAGUUCGUAUAGGACUAACAUCCGAUUUGUUUGUUUCCAAUUCUCUGAUAGACAUGUAUGCGAAAUGCGGUUGUCUUCAUUCUGCUCGGAAUGUCUUUAACACAUCCCGUAAAGAUGAAGUUUCUUAUAACAUAUUAAUCAUAGGAUAUUCUGAAACUGACGAUUGCUUGCAGUCUCUAAAUUUGUUCUCAGAAAUGAGGCUGCUUGGUAAGAAGCCUGAUGUUGUUUCUUUUGUGGGUGUCAUAUCAGCUUGUGCAAAUCUAGCUGCACUCAAGCAAGGAAAAGAGGUUCAUGGUGUAGCAUUAAGAAAUCAUCUUUACUCUCAUCUUUUUGUCUCAAAUUCCCUUUUAGACUUUUAUACAAAAUGUGGAAGAAUUGAUAUUGCUUGUAGACUCUUUAACCAAAUUCUAUUCAAAGAUGUAGCCUCUUGGAAUACUAUGAUUUUGGGAUAUGGAAUGAUAGGAGAGUUGGAAACUGCAAUUAGUAUGUUUGAAGCCAUGAGAGAUGACACUGUGCAAUAUGAUUUAGUUUCAUAUAUUGCAGUUCUGUCAGCUUGUAGUCAUGGAGGACUAGUUGAACGUGGCUGGCAAUACUUCAGUGAGAUGUUAGCACAACGUCUUGAACCAACCGAAAUGCACUAUACAUGUAUGGUUGAUCUACUCGGCCGUGCUGGUUUUGUAGAAGAGGCAGCAAAGCUUAUUCAGCAACUUCCCAUAGCACCUGAUGCAAAUAUUUGGGGAGCUUUGCUCGGUGCGUGCCGAAUUUAUGGAAAUGUUGAGCUAGGGCGUAGGGCAGCAGAACAUUUAUUUGAGCUAAAGCCUCAGCAUUGUGGAUACUAUAUUCUUCUUUCAAAUAUAUAUGCAGAAACAGGAAGGUGGGAUGAGGCAAACAAAAUUAGGGAACUGAUGAAGUCUAGGGGAGCCAAAAAGAACCCUGGCUGUAGUUGGGUCCAAAUUUAUGACCAAGUGCAUGCUUUUGUGGCUGAAGAGAGAGUGGAGGGAUUUGAAUUAGGUGAUUGGUUAGCAGAAUCAGUUUGAUUCGAUAAAUUAUUCCGACGAAAAAUUCAUAAGUCACAAUCCAAGAUGAUUAAGAAUGACGAAGGCAAUCCUUAGAACUCAAGGACACAAAACUACAACCUGUUAGACAGAUCCCGUUCGAGGAAGGUUGUGAUAGGCAGCUUCAAAGUUCAUCUCAUUACAAGGAAGGUCGUGAUAGGCAGGUGGCAACUUCAAGAUCAUCUCAGUACUACUUCGUGAGCACUCAACAGCUCAAAAGUAGCUAUGUACAAGAAUCCAAUCUCAUCAUACUGUCAAUUUAUUGUUGUAAAAGUGGUAAAACAUAAAAUGUCUAUCGUUCAAAUUCCCUUCUAUUCAUUUGUAACUUUGCGAGUCUAAGGGCAUUUUGAAGUAUAUGCUUGCAGACAGACUUUCUAUGGGAAAUAAGAUAAGUAUUUAAGUUCCUGCAA